UGGUCUGAUGCUAAUGAGACAGAGCCCGGGGCCAGCAUGAUACAGCGGAUUCUCAAGCAGCAUCAUGCAGUAGUUACUGUCAGCAUCUCUUCUGCUGUAUCAAGAACUCCAGACUCAUUCCUUCCCUCCAGCAGCAGCAUUCUCACCCCACCCAACAAUCCAUCCUAAGAAGCUCCACAUAGCAGAGAAGGAAGAUUUUUGUGAUGCCCCCAAAAAGAAGAGUUUCAAAGGAGAAAAAGGAUCCGAAGAAGCAAGAAAACCAAGCGGCUGCAGCCAGCAGCAGUCAAAACAAGGCCACCAAAUCACAGGAGAAGCCAGUCCGCACUGUGCCAUCCAAGGCGAGACGUAUAAAAGAGGAAGCAACAGAAUCUCUUUUGGUGACCAAGACUAGUGCUGCAGAGGUAGCUCUGCCUGAGAAAAUCCAGGAGUACAUAAUGUCUGACAAAAGUGACCUGAAAGCUGAACUGGAACGCAAAAAGCAGCGUUUAGCACAAAUACGGGAAGAGAAGAAACGUAAAGAGGAGGAGCGGAAAAAGAAGGAGGCAGAACAGCAGCUACAAAUAGAGCCAAUCCAUGAAGAUUCUGAUCUAGACCGCAAGAGGCGUGAGACAGAAGCUUUGCUGCAGAGUAUUGGGAUCUCCCCAGAGCCACCUCUAGUUCCAACCCCAAUGUCUCCUUCAUCAAAAUCACUGAGCACGCCCAGUGAGGCCGGGAGCCAGGACUCUGUUGAUGGUGCAAUAAUGGGACGGAAUAUUCAAAGUGGCCUUAUGGGAACCCUGCAGUGGGAUACUGACCCGUCUGUACUGCAGCUGCAUUCAGAGUCCGACCUUGGAAGAAGACUUCUUAAACUUGGAGUCUCAAAGAUCACCCAGGUGGAUUUCCUACCUCGAGAAGUCGUUUCUUACUCCAAGGAGACACAGACGCCGAUCACUACACAUCGGGUAGAAGAAGAGGAAGAGGAUGAGGAAAUGGUGGAACUAAAAACAGAUCACGAUUCGGAAUUUGACAAUCAAGAAGAAAAGCAGGAUUCAAAAGAAGUUCCACCUAGAGAACUAACUGAAGAAGAAAAACAGCAAGCAGUCCACUCAGAGGAAUUUCUGAUAUUCUUUGAUCGCACAAUCCGUGUCAUUGAACGAGCGCUGGCUGAAGACUCAAAUAUUUUCUUUGACUACAGCGGGGGAGACCUGGAAGAUAAAGAAGGGGACAUUCAAGCUGGCACCAAUCUGUCAUUUAAUCGUCAGUUUUAUGAUGAGCACUGGUCGAAGCAUCGCGUGGUAACCUGUCUUGACUGGUCAUUACAAUAUCCUGAGCUGAUGGUGGCAUCUUACAAUAAUAACGAAGAUGCUCCUCAUGAACCUGAUGGAGUCGCUUUAGUAUGGAACAUGAAGUUUAAGAAGACAACUCCAGAAUAUAUAUUUCACUGCCAGUCCUCUGUCAUGUCUGUCUGCUUUGCUCGGUUUCAUCCAAAUCUCGUGAUCGGUGGAACGUACUCUGGACAGAUAGUUUUAUGGGAUAAUCGCAGCCAUCGGAGGACUCCAGUUCAAAGGACGCCACUUUCUGCUGCAGCGCACACUCAUCCCAUCUACUGCGUGAAUGUAGUGGGGACACAAAAUGCACACAACCUUAUUACCGUUUCCACGGAUGGGAAAUUGUGCUCCUGGAGCUUGGAUAUGCUCUCAACUCCGCAGGAAAGUAUGGAACUCGUCUACAAUAAAUCCAAACCAGUGGCAGUUACUGGGAUGGCAUUUCCUACUGGAGAUGUUAAUAAUUUUGUAGUCGGAAGUGAAGAGGGGACGGUGUACACAGCCUGCCGCCAUGGAAGCAAAGCUGGGAUCAGUGAGGUGUUCGACGGUCAUCAAGGGCCCAUAACAGGAAUUAAUUGCCACAGCGCAGUGGGAUCCAUUGACUUUUCUCAUCUGUUCCUGACAUCAUCCUUUGACUGGACGGUCAAACUGUGGACAACAAAGCACAACAAGCCGCUCUACUCCUUUGAAGACAAUGCAGACUAUGUCUACGACGUCAUGUGGUCACCUCUGCACCCCGCACUGUUCGCCUGUGUGGAUGGGAUGGGGCGCUUGGAUCUCUGGAACCUGAAUAAUGACACCGAGGUUCCCACUGCAAGCACAACCGUGGAAGGAUCGUCUGCGCUGAAUCGCGUGCGCUGGGCUCAGAGCGGCCGAGAGGUGGCGGUUGGGGAUUCCGAAGGCCGGAUUUGGAUUUAUGAUGUCGGAGAGUUUGCCGUUCCGCACAGUGAUGAAUGGAGCCGCCUUGCCCGCACACUGGUGGAGAUCCGUGCCAACAGAGGAGAUGGAGAGGAGGAGGCUGUGGAGUUGUCCACCUGAAUGCCCCCCGCACACGUCACUUGCAAGCACAGUAUUUACCUGUAGCCGAAUGUUCCAGUGUCUCAUUCUUUCACUGUAAUUUUCAAAAAUGACGGUCUUUCAUUUGCAGCUUUUGUUUGAACAGUAGACUGACUGGCUGGGCUCUCUCGUCUCCUCUGUACAAUGUGCAGACACUAAGCUCCUGUCUGCUGAUGUUCCCCCGGUCUACAAAUAUAUCCCUGGGUGCCAGUAUUUUAAUUAAAUGAGGUACAAAUCUGAGUCAGCACGCCACUAAUUAAUGUAUAUAAAAAAAGAA